GUGGUUUGGAUUGUCAUCGUGCAUAUAAAUGUGGACAAAAUUUCAGGGUGGAGAUGUUGAGAGAGCCGCGGAGUGGGUGUUCAGCCAUCCAGAUGUGGAAGCCAUGGAAAUCGAUGCUUCAAACAGGGCUGCUGCGGACGCCGGGAACGCGCCUGCCCAGCGGCAGAGAGUUCCCGCUGCCGAAGAUAUGCGAGAUGGACCAGGAAAGUACAAGCUGAUGGCAUUUAUCAGCCACAUGGGAUCGUCUACACAAGUCGGACAUUACGUAUGUCACAUUGUGAAGGACGGAAGGUGGGUGAUCUUCAACGAUUCGAAGGUCGCGGCAUCAGGGGAUCCUCCAAAGGACAUGGGGUACUUGUAUUUCUUUGAGCGAGUUCGGCCAACACAAUCGUAGUCGCAACGUCACUUUUUUUCUUUUCAAGGGAGAGGAAGUUUUGGCUAGGGUUGAUGUGCGUUUCGCAGAAGCACCAUGUUUAGAAGUGUCGCGUGGACACAUAUCUUGCAGAGGAGAAGACGACGUCGAAGACGGCGUCAUGGGGAGAUCCUCCUUCCAGAGCACAUGGGUGGUACUUGUGAUUUCUUUGAGCGAGUUCAGCCAGCGGCACCGUAGUUAUGUCGUCACUGGAAGGGUGGGAAAGCUUUUGCUAGCAGUGAAGUGUCUCAAGAAGAAUGAAGAUUCUAGAAGCAUUGUACGAACAUGCACGUGUCUUUCUUGAAUAGGAAAGUAAAGGAAUAGGUCUUGACUGCCAGCUUUCUUACGGCACGACCUUUGUCGUCUCUCGGCCGGGCUCAGGACAGAAACUCUGUCUGACUCAUCUCUUGCCAGGGUUGAACCAGGAUGAGACGGUGGAGGUGUAGGCGGCUCGUGUUCCUUCCUUCCGCUGCACUGCAUGUCGAAAGGCUUUAUUUCCCUCCCUCUUUCAGGAUAGCAGAAAGUACGCAACGAACGGUCAUCAUACCUACCAUCAACCUCGUACCUGCACUGCGCUGGCCAACUGAAUGCAGAGCCCAGUAUUGGAUGAUCAUUAGCAGAUCGUCUCAUUUCUGCAGUAUCGUCUCCGUGUGCAGCAGCCGUAAAGAGUAGUUGAGCUUCGAAAGUUAGUAGCGCUUACUUGCCGCUUCGUUGUAGUUUGGCAGGUAGGAGUGACGGGGUGAUGGCUGCGCUUUUCAGCUCUCGCCCAUCGGCAGGCAUUUUUAACGACCUGCAGUUCAGAAAAAGGAGGCGGCUGCUGCUAUUUCGCCACGCUGUUUCAGCGAUAGGUGAUUCAUAGUAGUAGUGUGUCGUUUCGUUUUCAAGUCUGCAAGGCGGGGGGGAGACUACGGAUGUUAGCAUGAGCACAGGUGGUGAGAUGAUGAAGCUUGUCGCCGUGUCGGGCUAUUCUGUGCUGUGGCAGCUUGGCUCGCAUUGGCCAUCAUCCAAAGCCGAGAAAACUUGGCAGAAUCUGGUCACAUUUGCAGAAAGAUACGACCAUGCAAGGCAUGGCAUAAACUAGCACUGCCUUCUUUUCGUACGGAAUACCUAUGGUGGAGCAUACAGCGGCGCUAUAUGGGAGUUAAAGAAGGGGGGGGGGACGCGGUUUGGAAUCGCUGGUUUUUGCGCCAUCGUGCUUUUCAGAGCAGCGGUUGUAUUUGCUGCCUUGAUUAGACACUACGAUGUCCCUGGAUGCAUGCAUCUGACCACAAUUUGGUCGUGCCUUGGAUGUAUCUGACCGCAAUCGUCUCCAGAAAUCAUGCCAAAAAAGUCCUGAGUAUGCUCUGCAUAGCUGUCGGGACAUUGUUUUCUCCAGUUUGAACGACCAGUACCUCGCCCAGGCAAACGUGAGAAUCGAAAUUGAGCCGAUCCGGGUUGUCUUUGGAUGAACAGUGCCACCCGACCAGAAUGGCUGGCAGCUCCAGCCGAAACAGAAAAGAAGUCCGCCGCUCGUUUUUACUUUUUGGUGUGCAGUGCAAAUCUGCUUCGGGAAAAAUAGCCUCGGAGGUACUGGUCGUUUAAACCUCCGGUAACUCCACGUUCUCAGGCCGUUAACGCGGUGGCUGAAUCGGUGCGCAGCACGGGUCUAUAUGCAUUUGCUUCAGAGCCCAGAGGGGGCCUAAGACCCCCUGGGGUACUGGUGGUUUAACGAGAGUUGCAGGGGAGACUAAGCUCCUCUGGUUUGCAUCAAGACAUUGCUGAUUCCGAUGAUUCGAUCUCUACAUAGGGUGGAGGACGUUACGUGCCUGCGUCGGUGAGGUACAUGUUUGUGUAGGGAAGGAAGACCUUCGGUUGAAUGGUGGGUUAUGUAUGGAAUGAAAAGAUGAUUGUUGCACAAGUGUAUGCGGAGAGUCCUAUGGUUGCAUAAAGACGCAU